GCAUGAUUGAAAAUGCAGUUUCUUUAACUUUUCCUCUGUUUUUCCUUGCUUUUGGUAAGCUGACUCUACAAGGUCUCAGGUCAACCUGAACCAAACACGGCAUAUCAUCCCAAACAUACGUUUCUCCUGUAAUUUUUCCUUCUUCGUUCAUAGCUUUGGUUCCUUGAUCUUGAGUUUUUCUUAAAGCAUGUCAUCGUCUCAGUUCUCCAUGCUCAAGCUUCUCAAGGCCACUCAAAACUUCUCGCCAGACAUGAUCAUCGGCCAUGGGGACUCCUUCCUGCUUUACAAGGCUCAUCUCUCCAACGGUCUCACCGUCGCCGUCAAGAAGCUUGAUCCCACAGAGUUCCCAGGGUUUUGGGAAUUCCGAGCUGAAGCCGAAACACUUGGAAAGCUUCGACACCCAAAUAUCAUCAAGCUCUUGGGAUACAGCUCUGAUGGACAUUUCGUGUACGAGUACAUUGAGAGAGGGGAUCUUCAGUGCUUGCUACAUGACUCCGAUAACCCGUUACCAUGGUCAACCAGGUUAGGGAUUGUUAGAGGUCUGGCUAAUGGGCUCGCAUAUUUGCAUGGCUUGAAAAGCCCUAUUGUUCAUAGGGACAUUAGAGCCAAAAAUGUGUUACUUGACUUGGAGUUUCAGCCACAUAUUACUAGCUUUGGGCUCGCUAGACAGAUCGAAUCAUCGCAUGUCUCGACUAUUGAUGAUGGCGCCAUGGGGUACAUGCCACCCGAGUACCUAGCGGGGAACAAUGUGGCUACCUUGAGAGGAGAUGUGUUUAGUUUUGGGAUUCUGAUGCUGGAAAUCGCAACUGCGAAAUGGCCCAACCUGCCGAUCAUGUUUGAUCACAAGGAAAAAAUGAGGAUUGUGGAAUGGGCCAGGAAAAUGGUCAUGGGUGAUCGGCAGAUAGAAAUGAUGGAAUCUUGUAUUCGGAUGCAGGAUUUGGAUGAAGACAUAGUUAAGAAGUAUUUUUCCAUUGCUUGUUUGUGUUCUCGUGAGAUUGCAAGAGAGAGGCCUCCUAUGAUUGAGGUCGUCGAGCUUUUAAAUGAGCUUUCAAUGUGAAUUAGUGCAUUUUUGGGAGUUUAUUGUUUAUAGUUGGAG